UCGUCGCCGUCGCACGGAAAAAUCCUCGUUCACUUUGUUCGCUGUAGCGAGUCGGGUCGGGUGUCGAUUGAUUACGUUUGGUUUCGAGCGUUUAAUUCGCGAUUCCGCGCAAGUGACGAAAGGCAGAAGCAAAGAGGAGCAAGAUUCUCUUCUUUCCAUUCCGCGAGUGACACUAGUGUUCCACAUCGGAGCAGACGCACACACACACACACAGGAUGAAAAUCUGGACCUCAGAGCACGUAUUCAACCACCCGUGGGAAACCGUGGCCCAGGCGGCCUGGCGCAAGUACCCCAACCCGAUAAACACGGCCGUCAUCGGCACCGACGUCGUCGAGCGGCGCGUCGUGGACGGUGUCCUGCACACGCACCGCCUCGUCAGCUCCAAGUGGUACUUCCCCCAGUGGGCCCAGAAGCUGAUCGGAUCGCCGAACGUGUGCUACGCCAGCGAGCAGUCCACGGUGGAUCCGGGCAAGCGGCUGAUGACGCUCAAGACGAUCAACCUGACCUUUGGCAGCUUCCUGUCGGUGUACGAAACGCUCAGCUACGUUCCGCAUCCGACGGACCCGUGCAAGACGCUGCUCAAGCAGGAGGCCACCGUCCAGGUGGAGGGCGUUCCGCUGAACCGGUACAUGGAGGAUGUGCUCACGAAGAACAUCAGCACGAACGCGGGCAAGGGCCGGCAGGGCCUCGAGUGGGUGAUAGGAAAGCUCAACUCGGAGGUGAAAGAACUGGCCACGUCGGCCGCGACCAGCACGAACGAGAUCCUCACGCAGACAAAAAAGUCCCUCGACGACAUCACGGACCAGGCCCGGAAAAGCAUGGACGAGCUGAGCGCGACCGCCCAGAAGAUUCACAUAUAGUAACAAGCGCUGCGCGGCGUCGUCCUCAUCACCAUCACCAGCAGCUGCGACAGCAACACCAAGUUCAACAGGUAGUUCUGCUGAAGCCGGCAGCAAAAACAGUGCAGGAUCCAAGACUUCUUCUUCUUCUGCUACUACUUCUUCUGCUGCAACACCCGCAACGACGACUACACCGUCAUCGAGUUCAUCAACUUCAGCUAGAGCUAGUACAAUCCCGCCAAGCACUUCUUCCUGAUUUUUGGGCCAAACUUUCGUUUUGUCACCGUUUUUCCCCACUCUCUCUCUCCCUCAAUCUGUCUGUCUGUUGGUCACUAUUUUUCCACUGUGAAGCCAAAUUGCGACCUCUAAUUUAUUUUAUAUAGUUUGCCAAUUUAUUAAAUCCAUCGUUUUCGUAAAACUGUUUUGCUCUUUCUGUUACGCACUUUUCAACACAACAAUCGACGCCGGGCAGUUUGCGUGUGCUCUCCGCAACACCAAAAAAGAAAGCGAAAAGAAAGCAAAUCAGAGAGUUAGCAAUCCGUAACGAUUCUAGGAUUAAGGCAAUUCUAAAUGAAUGCGACAGAGAUGUAUAGUUUAAUCAACUUGUUCGACAUGGAAGGUGGGAAAAGGGGGAGAAAAUCAAACACUAUAUUAUCGUGUAAAUACUAUAAACUAAUUGUAAACGCUAUCCUUAAUUAAUCAAACCAACCAAAACCGUGAUUAUUUAGCAUUAAAACGUGACGCUACUAGUAUUACUGUAGGAACUUUGAUUUUUUUCAAUUACACAAUCACACAACUCUCGAGUUGGAGUCGCGAGCACCUUCUGUUUUCAUGCUUGAUUUUUGAUAGAGUUUAGAAUGCCAGCAGGAAAGUGGGAGGGAGAGUGUGGGGGAAAACCAAAUCCCGGAUUACAGUAGAGUAGAUUGACACAUUCCUGUGGGAGGAGGAUGCGCGGCGCGAACAAUAAAAAACAAGCACACCAUCAACCAAACAAAUGUUUAAACACGCGGGGGAGAAGCAAGUUAGGGCACCGUUUAGGAGGGAAAUUUAUCAAAACUUAAUCCCGUUGUGUGUGCGAGAAGAACUUUGAGUUAGGAGAGAACGUGUGAGUGAGCAAAAUUUAAAAUUUUGGACCAGAGCGUAGGCAAAAAAAAAUCAUCAUAAACAAGACAUACGUCGUUGCUGUAGGACAAUUGUUGCAAGAUGGGUGCGGUGAAAGGAAGGAAAAUUUGAAUUUGGACACAAAAGCAACAACAACUCUCUGUUGUUUAAACGUUGCAAUGUUUUUGAUUCCUGGAAGCAUGGAAAAGAUUUAAAAAAUAUAUAGUCUGUCUGAGUGUGAUAGCUUGGAUUGCAAAAAAAAAA